AUGUCCGCCAAUAACAAUGUCCCAUCCAACUGCGAUGCCUCCAGCUUCCUCGGCGCCCUCAACUGCGGCUCAGGUGUCGCUGCCGACAGCGAAGGCCAAACCGCAAACACCCUCUUAGCCGCCUUGGUCGUUUCCGGGGCCUCCUUCGGCGCGCAACUCCUCCUCUUCGCCCUGCUACGCCUACGCCUCUCCAACAUCUACCAGCCCCGAAGCUAUCUCGUUCCCCCGAAAGAGCGUGUAACUGCCCCGCCGCCUGGAGUGGUGGCCUGGCUAUAUCCUCUGUUCACCACUCCAAACCUCGCCUUCGUCCAAAAGUGCGGCCUCGAUGCCUACUUCUUCUUACGAUACCUGCGCAUGCUCUUGAAGAUCUUCGUGCCGUUGGCCGUCGUCAUUCUCCCCAUCCUCCUCCCAAUCAACAACUACUCCGGCCACGAAGAGGAAGGCCUUAAUCGGCUGUCCUUCUCCAACGUCGCCAACAAAUACAAGGCCGACCGGACCUGGGCACAUCUUAUACUAGCCCUUUGCGUCAUCCUCUGGGUCUGCUAUGUCAUAUUCGACGAGCUGAAGGGCUAUAUCAGAGUCCGCCAGGCCUUCUUGACCAGCCCGCAGCAUCGGAUAAAAGCCUCUGCCACCACAGUCCUGGUCACCGCCAUCCCGCACAAAUGGCUCACGUUGGAGGCGCUCAGCGGUCUUUACGAUGUUUUCCCCGGUGGUAUUAGGAACAUCUGGAUCAAUCGCAAUUACGAUGAGCUCGCCGACAAGGUGUCCACCCGAAACUCGGUGGCUAUGAAGCUUGAAGAUGCGGAGACAACGUUGGUUAGGUUGUGCUGGAAGAAGCACCAGGAGGCUGAAGAGAAGGAGCGGGAAAAGCACGGUGAGAAGAGGAGAAGCAAAGUGGAGAGACACAGGGAUGAGAAAGAAGAAGACGCGGAGGCGCAAGUCAUGGCGCAAGGCGAUGGUGUCAGUGACGGACAUCAAUAUGGCCACGCGCAAGGUCUCCAAGGCGCUUUAGAGGAUGCUGAAGAGGCCGAUGAGAAGAGGUCGAGUCAGGAGCGUCGUCGGCGGAAACGCUUUGGAGUCCUUGGGGAUGGCUUCGGCGCGUUAGGGCAAGGAUUGAAUACUGUCGGCCAUGGUGUAGGUCACCUUGGACAAGGCCUCGCUGGAAACUUGGAUACCGGCUUGAAGAAGGCUGCCGGCGAUCGUCUCCAAAACAACGCGACUCCAGCCGCACACAUUCGCCAUGUGCAGUAUGCGGAGCAAGGCUCGCCAGAUUCAAGCGAGGGAUCCGACCUGACGCCAGCAAAGGAGAAUUUCCAAAAGCCAGUCCACCGCCCGACAAAUCGCUCCAUCGAAACGACGGGAAUGUCGCCCUUUCAGCUCGAGAUUCCCAUGGAAAAGGAAAAGACUCACCCUUUCUGGAUGUUUUGGAAGAAUCACGAUGAUUCCCUUGACCUGCCAUCUCCUCAGCCACAUUACGCUGACGAGGAGGAGUUUCCACUCCAUGCUGAGAAAGGCCGGUCCCAUGAGCCUGCUGGAGCUGAAACUAGCGACGGCGGAUUGUUGGAGAAGCUUGCUUUCUGGAAGUCGGAAGACAAGGACGAAGAAACGACGGUUUAUCCCGCGGCAUUUGAGAAAGAAUUUGACGAGGAUCAAGACGGUGAUGCAGUCUGGCGUCGGUAUAUCGAACCCAAGGAGCGCGAGACCAUGCGUCUUCCCCUUUUUUCACCCAGCUGGUUCCCCAGUUUGCCGUUAGUUGGGAAGCAGGUUGACCGGAUAUACUGGCUUCGUCGAGAGCUCGCCCGGCUCAAUGUUGAGAUUGAAAUGGACCAGAGCGAGCCGGAGAAGUACCCCUUGAUGAACUCGGCAUUCAUCCAGUUCAACCAUCAAGUCGCAGCUCAUAUGGCGUGUCAGUCCGUCUCGCACCACCUCCCACAGCAAAUGGCUCCACGCCUGGUCGAAGUCAGCCCGGACGAUGUGCUGUGGACAAACAUGUCCAUCACCUGGUGGGAGACUUAUGCGCGCACAUUCGUCGUCCUCGUCAUUGCAGCGGCCCUCAUCAUCCUCUACGCCAUCCCCGUCACAUUUGCCAGCUUCCUAUCCAAGCUUUCCACGUUUGCACGACUCAAACCUUUUGCUUGGAUUGCGCAGAUCCCCACGGCCAUCCUGUCCGCCAUUCAAGGUGUGCUGGGCCCAGCAGUCCUCGGUUUCAUCCUCACCCUCGUUCCCAUCAUCUUUGGAGUUCUGGUUACGCAUCAGGGUGUACCCACCGGAACGAGCAGGGAACUUGGCAUUCAGCAGUGGUACUUUGCCUUCUUGUUCAUUCAGGUCUUCUUGGUGGUCAGCAUCACUGGAGGAAUUGUGGCUUUCAUCACCUCCUUCGCAUCGAAUCCGACGGGGAUCGUGAGCUCCUUGGCCAACGAUCUGCCCAAGGCCAGCAAUUAUUUCUUCUACUACCUGCUGGUCCAGGCGUUGUCCACUUCGGCCUCCAGCUUGCUCCAAGUGGGAUCGCUCAUCGGCUGGUUCAUUCUUGCGCCACUAAUGGACAGCACAGCGAGGGCCAAAUGGGCUCGACAGACGACACUCCAGGACUUCACUUGGGGCUCUUUCUUCCCGCCCUUCACCAACUUCGCGGUCAUCGGCCUGGUAUACUCGGUCAUCGCCCCGCUCAUCCUCGUCUUCAUGCUCAUCAUCGUCGGCCUGUUCUGGAUAGUGUUCCGCUACAACGUGCUCUACGUCUACCAAUUCCGCAACGACACCGGCGGCCUGCUGUUCCCCAAAGCCGUCAACCAGAUCUUCGUCGGCGUGUACACGAUGGAGCUGUGCCUGAUUGGCCUCUUCUUCAUUGCGCGCGACGCCAACGACAAGGCGGCGUGCAUUCCGCAGGCGGUGAUUAUGAUUGUUGCGCUCAUCUUUACGAUUGCGUAUCAGGUGCUUAUGAAUAGUGCUUUUGAUCCGCUGUUUCGCUAUCUCCCUAUCACUUUGGAGGAUGAUGCGGUGGUUAGGGAUGAGGAGUUUCAGCGGGCGCAGGCCGGCAAGUUUGCUCAGAACGACGACCGCCGAGACUCUCGAGACGUGAUGCCAGGACGGGAGCAAAGGGAUUCAGAAGAUGAGAGCAAUGUUCCCCAGCAAGAAAGGGAGAGGAUGGAGCAGCGCAGACGCAAUACUCGGCAAAGCAGCACCCCCAUCGCCGACCAAAUGGCAAGCCGAAGAAGCAACAUCCUCCCCCACGGCCGAAGCAAAGACCAUCUAAACCCCUCCCACCCAUCCUGGCAUUCCGACCGCUGGCGACAAAGCUCCACAGCCUCAAGACUCUCGGCCACAGAAAUGAUCCAGCUCCGCAACAUCAACCGCCCCCGCAACAGCGGAAUGCACGACACCGUCGGCGACGUCCUCUUCUCCGGCUUCGCCGACGAACUCGAAGACCUCACGCCCGCCGAGCGCGACCUGCUCGUGCGCUACGCUUUCCAGCACUCUGCGCUGCGCGCUAAACGACCUAUCGUGUGGAUCCCGAGGGAUAAGCUGGGCGUUGGUGAUGAUGAGAUUCGGCGGGCGAAGAAGAUGAGCACGGUGGAUGUUUACGACGACGAGGAGGCGGGGAAGACGACGGCCAAGACGAAUAUUUGGAUGAGCAAUGAGGGGACUGCGUUGGAUGGGAAGGGCAGGGUGGUUUUUCGGCGCAGUCCGCCGGAUUUUAGCAAUGUGGAUUUGAUUGCGCUUUGA